CCAUGGCAGCAGGUUCGUGGACUGUCCUCCUUUGUACCCUGUGCAUUGCGCUAACCCAGGGGCUUACAGACUUCCCCUUCAGAAACACCUCACUGUCUUGGAGCGACCGGGUGAAUGAUCUGGUCAGUCGGCUCUCCAUAGAUGAAAUCCAGUAUCAGAUGGCAAGGGGUGGAGCGGCCAGUGAUGGGACCCCUCCUAUCCCCGACUUGGGUAUCAAGCCAUACUCUUGGAACACGGAAUGUCUGAGAGGUGAUGUGGGGGCAGGCAACGCUACAGGAUUUCCCCAGGCACUUGGUCUUGCCGCUUCGUUUAGUCCUCUUUUGGUGUUCCAAAUAGCGGAGGCAACUGCGGUAGAAGUCAGGGCUAAAUUCAACAACUACAGUGGAAAUGGCGUUUAUGGAAAACACAUGGGAGUAAGCUGCUUUAGUCCUGUUAUCAACAUUGUGAGGGACCCUAGAUGGGGCAGAAAUCAGGAAACGUACGGUGAAGACCCUUUCCUGACCAGUACUCUAGCAGCUAGCUUUAUCAAAGGACUACAGGGCAACGACACGCGCUAUGUGCGCGCAAACGCCGGAUGUAAACACUUCGCAGCUUAUGACGGACCAGAGAAUAUACCCAUCAAUAGGUUGAAGUUCGAUGCAAAGGUGAGCGAGCGUGAUCUUCGAACGACCUUCCUUCCUGCAUUCAGAGCUUGUGUAAAGGCUGGAACAUACAGUGUCAUGUGUAGCUACAACAGCGUUAAUGGCGUGCCCACGUGUGCCAGUAAGCAGCUCUUGAACGACAUUCUGCGGAGGUGGGGUUUCACAGGUUACGUCGUCAGCGACGAGAACGCCAUCGAGAACGUUCAACGUGGUCACCACUACGCCGAUAACUACGUGGACGUCGUCUCUGACUGUGUAAACGCUGGAUGCAACUUAGAAUUAGCAGGAACAGAGGAUAACCUUGCAUACUUGUCAAUGGCUGAUGCAAUAAAUCAAGGCAAGCUUACGGAGGAUAAGGUCAGAGAUAUGGUAAAACCCUUGUUCUAUACCCGAAUGAGGUUGGGCGAGUUUGAUCCCCCGGAACUGAACCCCUAUUCUAAACUUGACCUCUCUGUCAUCGAAAGCGAGGCUCACCAGAUGCUUGCAAUCGACGCAGCUAUGAAGACAUUUGUAUUGUUGAAGAACGAAGGGAAUGUAUUACCACUGAAGAAAGACACUUUCGACAGGAUUGCUAUUGUUGGACCCAUGGCCAAUGACUCACAUCUGUUGUCUGGAGACUAUGCUCCCCUGGCAUACCACACCUUUGUACAAAAUCCUCUUGAAGGGCUAGGUAAACUGGCGCAGUCUGUCAACUACGCAUCCGGCUGUAACGACACUUUCUGUAAACAAUAUGAUGCCGUGUCCAUCAAGAAGGCGGUCGCCAUGACAGGAGUUAUAUUUGUGUGUCUUGGAACAGGACGGACAAUUGAAUCCGAGGGCAACGAUCGCUACAACAUCAACCUCCCCGGCUAUCAACUGCAGCUGCUUCAGAGACGUCGCUGCAAACAGAAAUGGGACCCUGUGGUUCUGUUACUGUUUAACGCCGGAGCCCUUAACGUGACCUGGGCUGAUCAAAGCUCAGACAUCGCCGCCAUCCUGGAAUGUUUCUUCUUCCCAGCGCAGGCAACAAGGAGGCACUGAGACGUGAUGAUUAACGAAGGUAUCGAGUUCGAGUCCACUGGCAGGAUUACCUGCUACGUGGCCCGCUUCAGAGGAUCAGAUGAUUAAUAUCACCGACUAUGCAAUGGAAGGAGGACGUAUUACCGAUACUUUAUAGGGUGAUCCUCUGUAUCCUUAUGGCUACGGGUUGUCUUACACCAAGUUCCAUUAUUUCUUCUUUCUGGAGAGCCCAAGAAGUGCAAUCCAGGCAGGUGAAGAACCUCAACGGCAUGGUCGGAAUCGACAAUGACAGGAACGUCGAUGGCGAUGAGGUAAUACAAGUCUACCUACAGUGGAAAAAUGCCACCCAACCGACUCCAAAGUUGCAGCUGGUCUGGUUUGACCGAGUUACAAUUCCAGCCACUGGUAGUGUUAAGAUUAAUUUCACCGUCUCUGCCGAAAGUAUGGCGAUUUGGAUGGACAACAAAGGCUGGGAGGUGGAAGAGGGGGAGAUGAUGCUUUUCGUCGGGGGCCAGCAGCCAAAUCAGAAGAAAAAGGCAGCUACCACAGAUUUUAUAAGCAAUGACUUCAGGAUUGGCGGAACAAAAUUUCUAGGACGGUUUUAAUGCUCGGUUUGAUGACUGGGUUUUUGGGUGCGCCGAUUCAACUAAUCCUUGUUACGGAGAUGGAAUGAGCAACAAUCCCAAUUCUUUGACAUUUUGUUAUAUACCGUUCCAUAACAAGAUGACAAUAUUGUAAUGUUAUUUAUGAAUGAAAUUGAAUGCUC